AUGGGCCAAGCUGCAAAUCUGCCCUGCAGGAGAGGAGAGGCCUAUGUUACUGAGCUGUACGAGUGGUUCAGGAAGUUUAUGCAUGAAUGUCCCAGCGGGCAGAUCACUCUACAUGAGUUUCAGAGGCAUUUCUGCAAUGGGACUGUGGGCAGUGAGUCAGCUGAGUAUGCAGAGCAGGUAUUCCGCACGCUGGACAAUAAUGGGGACGGGGUGGUGGAUUUCAGGGAGUACGUGAUGGCCAUCAGUUUGCUGAUUGACGGUUCAGCUGUGGACAAACUGGGCUGGUCAUUCAAGCUUUAUGACAAAGACCGAGACGGAGCCAUAACAAAGGAGGAAAUGCUGGAGAUCAUGCAGGCAGUUAAUAAGAUGAGCGUAGCUGCUGCUUUGACCAAGCCCAACCCACUCACAGCUGAAGAAUGUACCAACAGGAUAUUUGUGAGAUUAGAUAAAGACAAUAACGCCAACAUCAGUCUGGAGGAGUUCAUAGAGGGAGCGCUGGACGAUGAUUGGAUCAGAGAGAUGCUGGAAUGUGACCCCAGCACCGUGAAGGUGGAGAGGCCUGUGAGGAGCGACUCUGCUUUGGGGACCCACGGUUGACCUGCGGUGGGGUGUUCGAUUCACUGAGUGCAGAGAAAUGAUCACACUGAAAUUUCCAUAAAUCUUUGCAACACAGUUUCUAUUUGCUGUGACAUAUGAUAUCGUUGUCACUCGGGAAAAUUCACCGAAGACACUGGGGAGCACCAGAAA